UAAAAAACAAAAUAUAGGCCACAGGGCUAUAGAUCUAUUUUUGUUUUCUAGUAGUAAUAGUCUAGAUCUAGAAAUAGUCUACACUGUUGUUUUUGGAGUGCUAUUGUAUGUAGCACAGCUGCAGGCGUGCUGUAUUAUUGUGCCCCAUGCACACUUUUGUUUCCAACAAUACUUAAUUUAACAGAGGUUAGGAAACCACGCUACCCGUAGUCGUGGGCCUAUCAACGGUGUUUGGUGAGUUUCAACUUUCAAUGCAACGAAAUGCCAAAACACACAUGUCUUAUGAAAGCCGUUGUGAAUUAACUGCAAGCUGUGCAAAGAAACACGAUUAUUAGUACUAGGAUAGUGCUUAUUAAAAACAGCUAAAUCAUUUGGAAUUUUUAAUCAAAAUGUCUUCAGUCAACAAACCAAUCAAGAUUGGUAUAAUUGGUGGAUCUGGGCUAGAUGAUCCCAACAUCCUGGAUAAUAGACAAGAAAAAUAUAUUGACACUCCUUUUGGUCAGCCCUCUGACAGUCUUAUUUUGGGCACAAUUAAAGGAGUUGAUUGUGUACUUCUUGCAAGGCAUGGGAGAAAGCACAGCUUAAGUCCAUCAUUGAUUAACUAUAGAGCCAACAUUUGGGCAUUACAUGCAGCGGGUUGCACCCAUGUGGUGGCUACAACUGCUUGUGGCUCUUUGCAGGAAAAUGUUCACCCUGGAGAAAUAGUUCUCAUUGAUGAUUUCCUUGACAGAACUACCAAAAGAGUUUCUACAUUUUUUGAUGGGUCAUCACCAGAAGCUCCAGGAGUUUGUCAUGUUCCCAUGAAUGAACCUUUUAAUCCUUUGUUAAGAGCAAUUUUAGCUUCCAGCAUCAAAUCAUUAAAUUAUAAAUUUCAUGAAAGAGGGACAAUGAUAACAAUAGAAGGUCCCAGGUUUUCCACUCGUGCUGAAAGUAGGUUAUGGAGACAAUGGCGUGCUGAUGUAGUCAAUAUGAGCACCGUUCCAGAGGUUGUCUUAGCAAAAGAAGUUGGCUUAUUGUAUGCAUCUCUUGCCCUGGUGACAGACUAUGACAGUUGGAGAGAUGAUCAUGAAGCUGUUCAUGUUGAGAUGGCUGUGAAAACAUUCAAAGAAAAUGCAGAAAGAGCUUGCAAAAUUCUUCAAUUGGCCAUUCCUAAAAUAGCUGAAGAAAACUGGGAUCAAGAAAUCCUAAAAACUUUGGAAAUAGCUAAAAACUCUAUUAUGCAAUAGGAAAUACAGUAUUAAAUAUUACAGUGACAUUUUAAGGGUAAAUACAGUGCUAUCUAUAUUAACUUAUCUAUAUUAUACAUUUUAAAAACUCAAUUUUUACUCAUGGCCAAUAUUAGUUUCAUUGUGUUGUGAAAAAGAGUAUUUUUUUAAUGGUUGUAACGUUUUAUAUAAUUUUUAUUUUUUGUUUUUAUACCUAGUAAUAUUCAAAGAAAAUUUUAAUGAUAAUUCUUUUACAAUGAUGCAUUUUUGAAAUUUGUUCUUUAAAAUAAAAAAGCUUAAACCAUGCACAGAAAGUGCUCCAUAAAAUUUAUGUGUUUAAGUUUUUCUUUUGUGGGCCUGUGACUAAACUGAAGCUGACAUCACAAUAUACAUGUUCUUUAUGGGAUCAGUUCACAAGUGCUUAUGUUUCUGGUUUGGGUGAUAACUUUUGUUAACAUGUUAAGGCUAGCAGAACACAGUAAGGAAUGGGUGGACUUUGACUUUGUUAGAAUAUCUUUUUUGGUGCUAAGAAGUCUUUUUAAGACUGCAGAACAGUUUUUAAUGGAUAUUUAAAAACAAAAAAUUACAUAUUUUGUAUGCAUACUUACUAUUAUUUUAAUCUAUAAAUUCAUUGAAACAUGACAGAUUUUGAGAUUUUGUUUGGUAAACGAUACACUAAUUAAUUUAUGAAUUUUUUCCCCAAGCUAUUAUGCUAGUCUUUUUAUUUACUAAGUUCCAAUCUAAGCAUGUGUUACUAUAAAACUAUGAAUGAUACAUUUUUAUCAGAAAUAAUGGCAUUACAAAUGUUUUCUUUGUUCUAGAUGUAACAUGAAAUAUUUUUUUUAAAUUUUUGAUUGACUUAUACUGUAGACAGUGUUAACUUACAUCUUUUAUAAACUACAUUCUUAAAUUUUAAAUGAGUUUUUAUCAAUUUUAUAGCAACCAGGUCUUGGCAGAACUUUUCCGAAAAACUCUUGGUGAAGAAAAUGUUAAUUCUAAUAAAAUAAUUUUAUGAAAAGUUUGAAUAGCUUUCCGCUUUAUGAAAAAUAAUGAUAAAAUGUACAUAUUUUAAAGACUUUACUCUAACAAAAGUCCUUUAAAAAUAAAAGAAGAAAAAAGGUCUUUAACAUUGAUCAUAAUAAUGGCAUUGUAUUCUAUUCUGAAGGCAAAAUUCACUUUUUGUUUCUUUUUUUUGUUAAUUUAUCUUUUUACAUUACAUAUAUUUAAAGAUUUUAAAGUUAUAAUUUAAUUGUAUCAAACCGCAAAGUGGUUGCAUUCAAUCAACUACCUUGUGUUCAGUUUGUAAUUUUUUAUGUGACUGACAAAAAAAGAAAUGUUUAAAACUAUUCUAGUCAUUGUAUUGGUAUGCAAAAUAAUCUCACUCAUAUAUUUCUUAUCUAUAUUUUAAUGUAAUAAUCAUUAAUCAGAUUUAAGAUUACUAACAUAUGUAAAUAUUAUGUGAUAGAAUAGCUCAAUUUCUGCUGAUGUGCAAAGUAUUCUAAAUACCAUUCACUCAUGUGGGUUUUUGUUAUUUACAGUUAUAGUUUACUUUAAUCAAUCUUUAAUUAUAUAAUAAUUACUACAUUUUUAAUACUAAUUAUAACACAAUGAGAGUGACUUGUUUGAAAAGUAUUUUUUUAUCCAAAUAAAUGGAAAAGUAGAUUGAUUAA